CUGUGCGGCCUUCUCAACUUUGCAACCUGCCAUGAAGAGGUCUCUGCUAUCAAUUUCUCCCCUUUUAUCCUCUGCUAGAUUGUGUUCAGGGCCUCUCCAGCAUGGCACUUGGCUAGGGCCAAGGAUAUGCACGUCUGUGCGGCAUUCAACGCUCAGCACGGGCGCUCUUCGACAACCUCUGACCCUCCUUCGGACUCCACCAUCCGUCUCCCAGGGAUACUCCGUUCUGAGAUUUGUGGCUGGAACACUUUUACGUGCAACGCAUAGAAGUGGAUUGAACAGAAGCUCAAGGGGAGGUUCCGGAGGGUAUGGCGGCGGUCCAAACGGCCCAUGGCAACGAUUCCGCGACCGUCUCAACGCAAUCCCGGGGAAUGUCCUCUUCUGGGGUAUCAUUGGGCUCAACGGUGUCGUCUUCGUCUCAUGGCAAUGGGCAUGGGCAAAAUACAAAAGUAUGGGAGACGCUUCCUCGUACAUUUGGAUGAGAAACCACUUCAUUGCUAGCGCGGACAACAUCAAAGCGGGAAGAUGGUAUACGCUUCUAACAGCGUGCUUCUCUCAUGCAGACACUAGCCAUAUAUUAUUCAACGGGUUCACGUUCUACUUCGUGGCCCCGCUGGUGAUCUCCAUCCUCGGAAAUGCCGGCUUCCUUAGCCUGUACCUCGGAGGUGGCAUCGUGUCCAGUUUGGCCGGAAUUGCUUGGCGUAACUACAAGCAAGGCAAUCAGCCAUCAGGCUCAUAUGGAGCUAGCGGUGCGAUCUACUCCGUCAUCUCGUUCUUUGCUUGCGUCGCGCCCACCGCCACUUUCUACCUGUUCGGCGUCCUCCCACUUCCGGCAUGGGGUGUCGUGACGGGUAUUUUCCUCUGGGACGGUUACAGCGCCAUGAAUGAACACCGCCUUGGCACCGACACCGCGGGUCACAUCGGCGGACUUCUUGCGGGUAUAGGCUACUUCAUUGCAAAACGCUUCAGGGUAUUCUGAAAACCGAUACUAGCUCUUUGCUUCCGCGAGGACAGUCAUUCUCCGUAUGUACCACCAGAUAUAAUAGCGCACACCCCUCACUACAGCAAUUGCACGUACACCAUCACUCUUUGCUCAUUGUAACGUAUCCUGUUCAAGUCUUACCUGAUAUACGAGCUUCGCCCACAAAAUGCC